AUGGCAGAAAGUACUAAAGGACGACAAGUUCCUACUUACGACAGAUUCUUCUUUUUAUUUCGCAUUUUCUAUAAUUUCAUAGCUUGGCUACCAAAAAGUUGGAAACUUUAUCUUGUAAGGCGUUAUUGUGAGAGAGAAAAGUUGCCUCUUGAAUUCCAUGAGCCAAGUUUGGAAUAUACAAAUCCUCCAGUGAUCGAUAAAAUUUGGUUUCUAGCAUUGGAUGAAAUGGAUAAAGUUCGUGAACUCGAUGAAAAGCUUUUAAAAGAGAAUGUGAAUCGAGUGAAACUUUAUUACGCAGUUGUUGAUGAUUGGGUACCUUUAGAUGCUUACGAUAGCCUUAAAACAAAAAUCCCCAACAUUGAUGCUCAAGUCUGUACUGAAGGAUAUGAACACGCAUUUGUCCUGAAAAACGGCGUGGAAGUAGGAAAAAUUGUCUCAGGUUGGCUUAAUAUAAAAAGACAAGAAACACAAUAA